AUGUCGAAACCGAUGAAUUAUGAUAAAUGGAAAAAAAUUGAAGUAUCUGAUGACGAAGAUGAUACACAUCCAAAUAUCGAUACGCCAAGUUUAUUUCGUUGGCGCCAUCAAGCACGUGUAGAACGUCGUGAACAUCGAAUUGAAGAACAACAGGAACAUGAAAAACAGAGAAAAGAACUUAAUGAACGUCGGAAAAAAUUGAAUGAAAAACUUAAAACAUUAGAAGAAAAAGGUGGUGAUGUUUCAACAUUGAAAGCAGAAAAGGAAUCAUUAGACAAAGAAGAACGUCAAUGGAAAGAAAAAGAUGAAGAUAUUAAAAAACAAGAACGCUUACGUCCAUUAGAUGUUGAUGAUUUAACUCAUGAAGGUAAAUCAAAAACUUCAAUCAACAAAAAAGUAACCGAAGAGCGACCAAAAAAUAUGACCGAAGAAGAACAAGCCGAGUAUUAUAAACAAUUCAUUGAAAAACAUAAAGAUAACAUUAAAAAAUAUGGAAUGUUUCGUCAUUACGAGGAUACACAAAAAUUUCUUGAAGAACAUUACGAGUUAGUUUGUGAAGAAACAGCUAAUUAUUUAGUUAUAUGGUGUAUUGAUUUAGAAAUGGAAGAAAAACAUAGUUUAAUGGAGCAUGUUAGUCAUCAAACUAUGACAAUGCAAUUUAUUCUUGAACUGAGUAAAAGUUUAAAGAUCGAUCCACGUCAAUGUGUUCGACCAUUUUUUACAAGAAUGAAAACAGCCGAUCAACAAUAUAAGCAAGGAUUUUUUGAGGAACUUCAAGCAUUCCGAGAACGAGUUCAAACGCGUGCACAACAAAAAAUUGCAGAUGCUGUUAAACAAUAUGAAGAGGAAGAAAGACAAAAACGUCUAGGUCCAGGUGGUUUAGACCCCGUUGAAGUCAUGGAAUCAUUGCCAAAAGAAUUGCAAGAUUGCUUUGAAUCACGUGAUAUUGCACUAUUACAAGAGACUUUAUCGAAAAUGCCUCGAGAUGAAGCUGCUAAUCAUCUCGAUCGUUGUAUUAAGUCAGGAUUAUGGGUACCUAAUGCAAAAGACGCUGAAGGCGAUGAAGAAGAAGAAACAAAAGGUGAAGAACAAAAUGAAAAGAAAAUUACACAAGAUGUUCAAAAUUUACAAGUUGAAUAA